UCGGGGGCUGCGGGGCUGGAGCUUCUGCAUGUAGCCGAGGGGCCCCGCCGUCGCCUGCCCGUCCCGGGGCCACCGGCGGGCGCUGGCUUCCCCAGCUCUCUUCCCGCGUCGCAGGAGCAGGUGCCACAGCCGCCGGCCACUCGCGCGGAGGUGGGACAAGGAAGGGCGCGCAGGGACGCCACAUGGAGAGCGGCGGCGGGGCUCCUCCGGCUGGGGAGCUCGGGGUGGCGGCCGAGUCCGCACAGUGCCCGCUGCCGCCGGGGGACGAGGGCGCGGCGGGGCCGGCGUGGCCGCUGGAGCCCGAGGGGGCGGCCGAGGGCGGGGGCGGGCCGCGGCGGGCUCUGCGGGCCGUGUACGUGCGCAGCGAGAGCCCCCAGGGUGGCGCGGCCGGCGGCCCCGAGGCGGGGGCGCGGCGGUGCUUGCUGCGGGCCUGCGAGGCCGAGGACGCCCACCUCACCUUCGUGCCCUUCGGGGAGCUCGACUUUGGGGAGACAGCCAAGCUCGACGCCUUCUACGACGCAGAUGUUGCCGUGGUGGACAUGAGCAAUGUCUCUAGACAGCCUUCCCUCUUCUACCAUCUUGGAGUCCGUGAAAGCUUUGACAUGGCCAAUAAUGUGAUCCUGUACCACGACACCGAUGCUGACACUGCUCUUUCAUUGAAGGAUAUAGUAACUCAAAAAAACACAGCAUCUAGUGGAAAUUAUUAUUUCAUCCCGUACAUCAUGACACCAUGCGCUGAUUAUUUUUGCUGCGAGAGUGACGCCCAGAGACGUGCCUCGGAGUACAUGCAGCCCAACUGGGACACCAUCCUGGGUCCGCUGUGUGUGCCCCUGGUGGACAGGUUUACUAGCCUCCUCAAGGACAUCCAUGUGACCUCAUGAGUUUCUGCUACAGAUUGUAAUGGGAAAAGAAGACUGGAAACCCAGACAUAUGUGACCACAUGCCAACAUAGAAAGCAAAUGAGAGACCUUUUGCAGCACAUCCCUGGAAAGCCUCUUUCAGUCCCCCCUUGUGCUUAUUACAAAGAAACCUUGUUAAAUGACAUCCGGAGAGCCAGAGAGAAAUACCGGGGUGACGCACUGGCAAAGGAGCUGGCUCGCAUCAAGCUCCGCAUGGACAAUACCGAGGUUCUGACCUCAGACAUCGUCAUUAAUUUACUGCUGUCCUAUCGUGAUAUCCAGGAACACAGGGCGAUGUACGUAAUCUGCAGAACUCUACAAAGCCAUAUUGGAGGUUGUUGGCCACGGGUCUUCAAAUCUGAACGAGAGAGGCUUCCAUUUACAACCUGAACCAAGAACAGAGUCAACCACUUAAGGAACUCGUGCCCCUGGACUAUGAUGCAAUGGUGAAGCUGGUAGAAACACUGGAAAUGCUGCCGACGUGUGAUUUGGCUGACCAGCAUAACAUUAAGUUCCACUAUGCAUUUGCACUGAAUAGGUGUCCGGCUGAACAGUUUGUUGGGAAGAAAAGGGAGCUUGGAGAAAAUGAACGAUUACUGGGAUGUGGGUCAUUUCUUCAACGUCAGCAUGUUGGCCAGUGAUGUUGGGAAAGCUGUCCAGGCAGCAGAGAGGUUGUUCAAACUGAAACCUCCAGUCUGGUACCUGCGAUCAUUCGUUCAGAACUUGUUAUUAAUUCAGCGCUUCAAGAAACCCAUUAUUGAACAUUCACCCAGGCAAGAACGGCUGAACUUCUGGUUAGAUAUAAUUUUUGAGGCAACAAAUGAAGUUACUAAUGGACUCAGAUU